CUUUCGUCUCCGUCCCAUUAUAUUUCGGGCAUCCAAAAGCAGACUUCCCUUCGAGCUGGUACUACGUCCUUGACUUUCGCAAGUAGCUCGCUCGCUUUGCAUCUUCUAUAGGUCAACCCAAAAUGCCCCGGGGCUCACAAAGCAAGACAGUCUCAGCGCACCGAAUUGGAUCCCUUUUGUUCUGCCCGGCUUGCGGAACUCUGUUGGACCUACCAAGAGAUGAUCAAGAUGAAAUACCGUGUGCUCAAUGUGGGAGGCUAGAGCCCGCUUCCUCAUACGAGAACCUGCCCACCAAAACAUACUCCUCACCACACGCAUUUCCUUCACCGCUAAAGAGCAAACGAGGCUUGGUCCAAAAUACAAUGGACGAUGGGGAGGCUGCGAAAGAGAGAGAUCCAGUGGCUCAAGAGAAAUGUCAGAAAUGUGGUCAUAUUGGGUUAAGCUACAAGGUCAUGCAGCUUAGAUCCGCCGACGAAGGCAGUACAGUCUUUUACAAGUGUUUGAAUUGCGGUGAUCAGACUUCGCUCAACAACUAGAGAGAUUCGACUUAUCUUGGGAUGUACCGUGGUUACCACUACCACCCACUCGUUGUACAGAGCGCUUUGAAAUCAUUGAUCGGGGUCA